CUCUCUCUCUGUGUGUGUGUGUGUGUGUGUGUGUGUGUGUGUGUGUGUGUGUGUGUGUGUGUGUGUGUGUGUGUGUGAUUCGCUGCAUCUGAAUCUACUCCCACAAUUCAACAGGCAACAAAGGAAGAAAGGAAGAGGCCGUAAGCUACAAAGUGUUAGCCCAACCUAGAAAGAAAGAUGUCACCUUAUUGUGUCAUCCUAGACGGCAGUGUAAACCCGCACGUUUAGAGAAGAGCCCAAAUCCGGCCACAUAAACGCUUUGUACCUUCGUCUGUGUGCAGAAGGUGACGAAAGGCAAGCUGACGGUGAUGUUUUCGACUGCAAACGUUAACAAAGCUAGCUGAUUGGCUUUUAGGUAGUAAGCUAACAUUAGUGAAGCUAACAUUAGCCAACAGUCGUCAAGGAGCGAACCCUUUUUAUGAACGCGUUGUACAGGACAAAUGUCAACACCUCGGGGUUGUUUUGCCUACUAAGACCAACAGAAGUGACCGGCAUCAAAUGAAAGGUAGUGGAAGUGGAACUUGACCCAUCCAACUGAGUCACCAUUUUCCUGCACAUAAUGGGUUUGAUGGGUCCACUGUAUGCAUGACUUGUUUCGUGUGGCCUGAUGGGAGGACACUGUGGAUAGUACUUUCAUCGGGAUACCAGGAGAGCCAUCCCAUGCCCCCAAUUUGGCGGGCCUGUCAGAAUGAAGAAGAUAAGCCUUAAGACCAUCCGCAAGUCCCUCAGCAUAAAGGGCAAAGAGGAGGGUGACUUUGUCAUGCUCCAGCAGCCCUCAGUGACUACAGAGUUUUCUAAGGAAGAGUCACUUUUUGGGGGCUGCUACACCAAAGAGCUUUCUGGCUGUGACCUUGGUGGUGAAGAGGACAAAGGGGGCCAGAAUAAGGGCCGCUCAAAGAGUGAGGGCCUGAUGGGAUCACUAAAGAGGAGGCUGUCUGCCAAGCAGAAGGCGAAAGUGAAAGGCAGCUCCUCUGCUAUAGGCUCAGUUGAUGACGAUGACACCUUCUCCUCUUCGUCUGUGCCCAUCAGCUUCAACGAGGUGAAAGCCCAGAGACCCCUUAGAUCCGCGUCCCUACGGAGUCACCACUACAGCCCCUCACCGUGGCCUCUGCGCUCAGUCAACUCUGAUGAGGCCUGCAUCAAGAUGGAGGUAAAAGUUAAAGCCAUGGUUCACUCUCCCAGCCCAAGUCCCAACUUAAAUGGUGUCCGGAAAGAAUUUCAUGAUUUCCAGAUGGAAGGGCUCUUUCAGGACCAAGCAGAAUCCUUAAAGAAUCUCCAGCAGCCGCAAAAUGGUGAGCUGCAUCUAAAUAUUGAUGAAAAUGACGUGCCUGUGGUGCUGGGGUUAACUCCCCAGGACUACAUCCAGUACACAAUGCCUUUAGAUGAGGGAAUGUACCCGGAAGGGUCCCACUCCUUCUGCCUGGACAGCUCCUCUCCUAUGGAGGUGGGGACUGAAGCGGACAAUGGGUCCCUCCACACAGAACAGGGACAGGAGGAACAUGAACUGGUUAGUGGGAUGCCUCCGGAUCUCUUCAUGGAAACCUCAGUUAAUAGUCUUCUCAUCGGUUCUGCUGGUGUGAUGCUCCAAAGCUCUAGAGUAGAGGUCCCACCUCCCCUCUCUCCACUCCUGCCACCCAUAACAAGUAAUGGACAUAUUUCCAGGACAUUUUCAGGGUUCAGCUCUUCAGACAGCCAGGUAGCUGAGAGGGUAAGACACCACCUCAACUUUGACCCAAACUCAGCUCCUGGGGUCAGUCGGGUUUACGACUCGGUCCAGAGCAGCGGGCCCAUGGUCGUCACCAGUCUGACAGAGGAGCUGAAGAAGCUGGCGAGGCAGGGCUGGUACUGGGGUCCCAUCACACGCUGGGAGGCGGAGGAAAAACUGGUCAACUUGGCCGACGGCUCAUUCCUGGUCAGAGACAGUUCGGACGACAGGUACCUGCUCAGCCUGAGUUUCAGGUCACAGGGCAAAACCCUCCACACCCGCAUCGAACACUCCAAUGGACGCUUCAGCUUCUAUGAGCAGCCUGAUGUGGAGGGACACACGUCCAUUGUCGACUUAAUCGAACACUCUAUCAAAGACUCAGAGAAUGGAGCUUUUUGCUAUUCCAGGUCUCGCUUACCAGGGUCUGCAACCUACCCUGUCAGACUAACCAACCCAGUAUCUCGGUUUAUGCAAGUGCGCUCCCUGCAGUACCUUUGUCGCUUCGUCAUUAGACAAUAUACAAGGAUAGACCUGAUCCAGAAACUGCCCUUACCUAACAAGAUGAAAGAUUAUCUGCAGGAGAAGCACUACUGAGGACACAGAGACAGGACAGUGGUAGCAAUUUGCACUUUUGUGUUCAGUUAAGAGAUUUAAACAAGGUUUACAGACAACCACAGUUUUGAGAUGAUUGGUUUUGGUGGCUCUUGAUUUGUGUCCAGGUGACUCUGUCACUGUUAAGUCCUCCAUUCCACUGUUCUGGGUUUUUUUUCACUGGUCUUAGGAGGCUCCACUUCCCGAAACACAGGCCAGCACAUAAUCUACUUCAAAAAAAUAAACAACAAAAAUUAAAAAAAGAACAGGGGUAUACAGCCUAGUUAUCUUAGUUGCAUACAUUGAGUGCAGAUGUUUGAUGCGCAUUGAUGUAUGGUGAAGUGUAACAUCCAGCUGUGCAAGUAAAGCAGAUUUUCAUAAAUUUGCCAUCUGGGUUUAAGAAAAAUAGAAUUCCACUCUGAAUUUGAAAGUUCAUUGAAUUGUUAUCCACUAAAUUGUACAUUUCAAAGGACGGAAAAGUACUGUUAUAAUGAAGUUUUUAAAUCAAAUUUUAAGCUUUCUGCUGACUGACCAAUUUUGAUCAUCUUUUGCAUUUUAUUACUCGUAAGACUGUGCAAUGUUAUCCUUUUUCGGCAUGAUCAGACUGCAAAUGAGAACAUCAUUCUGCAUUUACACUAUGCAAUUAGUCCAAUAGCAAGGCUUUAUCGUAUGUCAAGGGAUGAUGGGCAUUGCUAAUUUACAAACCUAACUACUUUAUUCAGUGGAUGGUGUUUCUUUCUCUAGUAUUUGACUCUAUUAUGGCAUGGUACUAGCUGACAUACUACAGACACAUUUGUGUUCCAGUAUGCUUAGACUGGUGCAGGCUUUAUUUAUGAGUUUGUCAUGUUUGUACACUAGUACAUGGAAAUCCCUUUCAAAGUCACAAGGAUUUUCCAGGUGUACAACAUGAACAAUAUUUUGUUGCAAAAGAUGCCCAAAAUUUGCCAGUCUGUGAGAGGGUUUAAACAGUUAGGUCAGAAAAGUAGCCUUAAAUUGUAUGGCUGCAUGUAGCCAUUAUAUAAUGUGCAAGCCUGAAGGUACUGACGAUGCUGGAUCUUAAUGUGCUGUUUUUGUAGAAACAGCAUCAAGUUGAUGUAUUAACCUUUUUAGAAAUAUGUUAAGUAAAAUUUUUCUGCAUUAGGAAUGUUACAAAAACUGCACCGCAGCUCAGGCCUAACAACUUUGUCACUAUCUGUAAUGCUUGUAUCUGCAUGUAGUAAAGGCUUUAAGACUGUCAAUUAAUGGCACUGUAGAGUUCCUCUAAAUGAGAGAAGAUGUCACGGUAAAAGGGUGGAAGUUUUUCGGCUGUGUGGUUUAACGGCAACUCUGUUUAAUGCACAAUUGCAUUUACCGUAGGCAGUUCAGAAGUAAAGAAAAUUGCCCUGGAUUGACCUACAACUGAAAAACAGACCUCUAGUCAAUUGAUUUGAAUCUGUAUGUAGCGAUGGCCGUUUCUUAGUCUCUUAACGCCAGCAAUGAGCUGGACCCAGAUCAAAGGAAUCCCAGAAAUGGUGUGAGCUUAGGUAAAAAGGACUUGGUAAAGCCAGGGUUAAGUCCUCCUCGCCAUCUUGGAGUGAUGCCAGGGUUUCAGCAUAUGAAAAAAAAGUUCCAUCAUGGCUGCAUCAUUAAUGUCAUAUGGGUUUCAAGGACGUUUAAAAAAAAAAAGAAAAGAAGGAAAAAAAAAAGCAUACAUUUUUUGCCAUUGCUUAUUCACAUUGUCCCCACAGAGCUGCACUACCCCACAGAUUGUCUCUACUUGGCUGUUCGUGCCAGAGUAAAGGGAAGAGCACACAGUAUGCUACGCAAGUGCUUUAUAUGGAUACUUUGACAGGGAAUUGUGUUUUCACAUUAUGAAUGAGCAUCUUUUUUGACAUCAGUGUCCUUAAAAGUAUUUGAAAAAUGGUCUCACGGACAACUUUGGUAGGUCGUUAGGGCAUAGUUCUAGUUUUAGUUAGCUGGAAGUGUUGGUGUCUGAGGAAGUUACCAUGAGUCUAGCACAGCAGAAAUUAGAUAGGAACUUUGGAUGGUGUUGCAUGUUUAAAGACUUAGCAUUUUAAAGCUUUGAGUUGUAUAAGAAUGAAGGAUCUAGGUUGUGUGUUUGGCUGUGUAGAGAGAUGUUUUUUUUUUUUUUUUCUGUCACAAACAUUGGCUGGAAAUCUGUGUACAAGAAAUGUAUUUUUCUUUUUAGAAUCCUUUUAUGAGUUUUUUUUUUGUGACAUUUGACAUCUGGGGAAUGGGGCUGUACAAAAGGAAUGUACGCUUGUUUGAGGUUUCCAUUUUAUCUGCCUGCAGACCAGUUUCAGAAAGCAUGAGAAUCAUAAAAACUACAUUGACACAUUUUUGCACUUGAAUAUUCUCCAUUGACGUGCUUGGAUCCUCUCCUGCCUAGAGUUGUCCUUCAGAUGGUGUUUUUUUAAACAGAAAUAUAGUCACACAUUUGUCCUUCUGUGUUCAUAUAACUGUUUAGAUUAAAUUGAGAUUGUUUUGUUUAUCAUGUCAUAUUCGUGGGAUAUAAAGGGUAAGGCACCAGCAUCAUAUCAAAGCCUCUGCUAAUGCUCACGGGCUGUCAAGGAAUGGGAUCAUGGCAAGAAUGUGGAUGUAAAUUAGAUUUUACUUUUUGGGUGUGUGUAUGUGUUACAGUCGAAAUGUGAAAGUAAAAUGCUAGUCUUUUUUUUUUUUUUUUUUUUCAAUACAUUGUUCCUUUAAUUGUAUUUCCAUUUUAAUUUGCAAUUUUGUCAUCAAACUUUGACGAGCAGAAACCAGUUUCAUAUUGUGUUGCUGCUGUGAGUUUUCUAAAUACGUAUUCAGUUUAUUAUUAAGCAUUAUUGCCUUCGAUGUUUGAUUCCAGAGGUUGAUGCUUGUUCAGACUGCUGAAGCAUUUUGAAUUUAUAACAGCUGUUUAGCACUUAACAAGCUCCAACGUGUUUUUUUUUGUACAUCUCGGUGAGUGAAGGUGAUUGUUUACAACAUUAUGUUUGGAAAUGCCUCCCCCUCCUCCCUUCUCCCCCAUUUUUUUGUUUAACCUCUCUCACAUGAACAUCUUGGUACAAUUUUGAAAACUAUUUCAUUUUAAUGUGUUAUACACAUUUGUGCUGCUUAUGGAUAUGAUUGCCUUUCUUGUAUUUAACAAUGGGGAAAUAGAAUGUCACCAAUGUAGAUGUAUGUACACAUAAUGACUUUGGUUAUCAUCUUGGGAGAGCAAAGCAGAUUUGCAAUUUGUUAACAACUGUAGUCAGUUAAAAGAGCAUUAGUAGCGAUUAGUAAAACCCUCUGUAGAAUUACCAGUUCACUCCAGUUUACAUUGGUUGUCAACUGUCAACUUUCCAAAGUAGAUGGUCUUUUUGUAUUUUUCUUUUGGAAAAAAUCAACAGUGAUUUUAUUGCACACUUUGGAUACAGUUCAAGAGUUUUUUGUAUCUGCCAAUUAUAAAUUAUAAAUAAAAAAAAAACUAUAUUCUAAAAAA